AUGAAGUCUGGCUGGCGGAGCAAAGCGGACGGAAGGUGGUAUUUCUCUUCUCUAGAAAGCUCCUUCUUCAAUGGCUCUGACAUCUUCCUCCCUGAGUCUCCCCAAGUCCUCUAUGAUCUGGAAAUCACCAGCAACGGCCCCGUCACCACAGAAGCAGAGGCUGUGAUUCAUUCCACCUUGCAUAUAAAGAAUGAAGGCCUUUCAUCCAUCCGUGGGAAGAAGUACCGCUUCCAGUGGAUUUAUGCCCCUCUGACUUUGGUGGAGAAAUCUGAGCAUGGAGUGAACUCAGCCAUUAGAGUGACCAGUUGGUUUCCAGGAAUCUUUCCUGUUUCUCUCCAGGUGACACUCACAGGCUGCAGGUUCUGCCAGAUCCUUGCAAGCAACCAAACGGCACUACAGGUAUCAGAGUUUAUAGUAGGGACCCUGGUGUUCACCCAAACAGAGGACCACCAUGUAGCUGGCAAAGUGUACCCUCAACCUGCGUCAACCACUCCGGCCCGGAUAUCAUUCUUUCUCCAUGAUCCAAGUCAUUAUUUUAAUUCAGCAUCGUUCAUUUACAACUGGGAUUUUGGAGAUGGAACUGAGCUGACAACAGAAGAGUCCUCCAUCUACCACAAUUACUCCAGUGCCGGGACUUGUGUGGUACACCUCGACGUGACAGCGGAAUGGAGGCAAGAUGAGACAAGCCGGGAGCAUCCGAGGAGGACUGCCCAGAAAACGGGGCAUUUCGUUGCUACGUUGGAGCUGUUGGAUGCUAUACGAAGUAUUAACAUCACAGGCUCCACAGAGGCACAGGUGAUGGAAAACGUCAAUUUAUCUCUGCAUAUCCAAGGCAGCCCACCUCUCAUCUUGUGCUGGUUAAUCAAGACGGAAUGCAUCUCGCUCCAAGGGAAUCACUGCCACCUAGUGGUGACCAACGCUACAUCCUACCAUCUGAACCACAACUUCAGUGACCCUGGGCAGUACUGCCUCAGCGUGCGGGUCGAGAAUGGGGUGAACAUGCUGCAGUCGUACCAGGAGAUUCAAGUAAGGCCAUCAGGCAUUCAUCCAGCAUUCUUAGCUCUGCCGUGCGUCGUUCUUUUAGCAGCCGUGCUGGGGUUAGGCGUCUACGUGACAUUCCGAGGCACCGCGCAGCAAAAGGAUCUUGUGGAGGUUGCCGAUUUUGACUUCUCCCCUGUGUCUGACAAAGCGCCUUCCAGUUCUGAGUGGACCUGCAGUCAACUGUGCUGCCAGACGUGCUUCUUUCGGCCCUCGCAAGAGCGCUGCGCCUCCGCCGUUGAGCAUCGCCACCUCUUGCGCCCGUUGGGCAAGCCAGCUAAGAUGUACACCGCGUGA